AUGUAUGACGGUUACGCCGCCUUCAUGGACGGCACCACUGAUUACACGUACUUGCUGGUAAAUGGAAUUGCCUACUCCGUGAUAUCGACUGUAGGUUCAGUUGGUAGCUCCACUACCCAUUGCUUACCUUCAAACGUGCUACCUCCGCUACAUGGCAUCAUUCCGGCACUAAAUAAUGCCACCAUGCUUUCGGAUGCCUUCGCUGGCGAAGACACAAUCAAGUGUGCCAGUGGAAAUCUAUUGAAAGCUACUCUUGGAGAUUCAACAUUCGUCAUUUGCUCGUUAGAUUCGAAUGGCUUUAUCGUCUAUGGUAGCGACUUGGAUAUUGUUGUCGACUAUUUGGAUAGUCCAGUCAAAAUUAUCGCGCCCACACUAAGCGACGAAGCGGCAAUGUUUUGCGAAACUGUCGUAAGUCCCCUUUCAGUGUCGGAAACGACCCUCGCGUUGCUGACUGGUCAGCCUAUUCCGUCUUCAAAACGACGUAAUUUGCAGGCUGCAUCCACAACAACACUGGCCUCUUCAUCUUGUGAAUUCCAUCUACUUUGGGGAUCUUUCCAAAAGCGCACCGUGCUGUUCGUCCUUGCAGUAUGCCCAGCUGAACACCGUCGACAACCCGUGGACCGAUGCUACCUUGCAGCAGAAGGUGUGCAAUUUCGCUCUAUCCGUUAG